AUGGCGACACGGGGACACCGCGGGGACACGGCCCCGGCUCUGGGGACACCGCUGGUGACACCGCUGGUGACAUCAAGGGGGGGGGUGACCCCGUCCCCGCGGCCGCAGCGAGGUCCGGCCGCGGGACCCCCGGCACCGGGAGGAAACCGCCUCCCUUCUUUAAUUUAUUUAUUUAUUAAUCGCCCUCCCGGCCGGCGCUCGCCCCGCUCCCUCCCCUCGCAGCCGGGGCCGGCUCCGGAGGGGCCGCUCCAGCCCGGAGACCCCCGGGGACCCCCGGGCAAGGACGGCAGCGGGGCCCGGAGCCUCCGCCCGGGCUUUGGCUCCAGCCCUGGCACCGGCCCCGGGGCCGCGGCGCUGCGCCGGGGGGCUCCGCCGCGGCUCCUGCGGUUCCCUCUCGGCCCCGAGCGAUGCGGCCGCGGCCGGAGGAGGCUCCGGGAGGGGGAGAAGCCCCCGCAGCCCCCGCGGCCCCCCAGCACUUAUCCCCGGGUGCCGCAGGGGGACGCGGCCCCGGCCCGGGGGGCUCCGGCCGGCAGCGGCCCCGCACCCGCGCAGCACUUAGGGGGACUCCGGGGCCACUCGGGAUCUUUAGCACUUGUCGCCGGCUCCGCGACAGCCCCGCGGAGCCCCGAAGCGCUUACGGGGCCGAGGCGGCCCCGGCGAGAGGUCGCGGCCCCCCCCGGGCCCCCCCUCCUGGCGCCGCAGCACUUAAGGGGCCCCUGGUGCCAGGCCGGUGCCACCGCCCGAUGUCACCGCCCGAUGUCACCGCCCUGGUGGCGCCGGCGGGGGCCGGAGCGAGGGGACGGGGAUGGGGACAGCCAGGAAGGGGAGGGAGAGGUCCCGCAGCUCCCCGCGCCCCCAGAAGGGGCACAGCCUGGCCCGGUGGCCGCCAGCCCCUCGUGGGGACCGCCAGCCCCUCGUGGGGACCGCCAGCCCCUUCUGGGGACCACCAGCCCCUUCUGGGGACCACCAGCCCCUUGUGGGGACCGCCAGCCCCUUCUGGGGACCGCCAGCCCCUUCUGGGGACCGCCAGCCCCUCGCGGGGACCGCCAGCCCCUCGUGGGGACCACCAGCCCCUCGUGGGGACCGCCAGCCCCUUCUGGGGACCACCAGCCCCUCGUGGGGACCGCCAGCCCCUCGUGGGGACCGCCAGCCCCUUCUGGGGACCACCAGCCCCUUCUGGGGACCGCCAGCCCCUCGUGGGGACCGCCAGCCCCUUCUGGGGACCACCAGCCCCUUCUGGGGACCGCCAGCCCCUCGUGGGGACCGCCAGCCCCUCGCGGUGGCCGCGCCCCCCGGGCCGGGGGUGCCAAUCCGGGCUCGGGGGUCGGGGCACCCCCCGGCCCUGCCCGUCGGUGCCUGGGGGGCUCCGGGGCUGGCGGGGGCCGGGGACACCCCCCGUGA